CCCAGGCCGCGGGUGUCUGUGGGGGAUGACGGGACCCCGACAGAGGGCAACACCGUCGGGGCUCCUCUCGCCGGUUAUAUUUUAGUGCCGCGCUUGGUGCCCGGCCACAGCUGCCCGCGCCAAGUCCUUGUACAACCCACACCAUACCUAGGUUUCGUGAAUUUUCCUGUGUCUGCCGAGAGAGAGGAGGUAGGUGUCCCCAGCGGUCAGGGGUGGGCGCGGGGCAGCUGGCAUGGGGGGCGGGGCUCCUGCGGAAAACACACACGCCUGCACACACGCCCACACGAGCCCGCGACACACCUGAGGGGAGAACCGGUGGAGGCUCAUCAACACCUGACAGCCUUUAGUGAUGUCGCGCGAGGGAGGGCCUGCCGGGGGCGGCGGGCGUGACGGGGCCAGCGGUGUGGCCGCCCAGCCUUUCCCGCCACAGUUCUACCCUGUGGUUGGGUACCAAGGGUCACCUCAGGCCUGGUUCCCGCCACACCCCUCCACAGGAGUCCCCGCCACAUGGAGCCCGUCGUGGCGCCCCCCCAUGGGCUACCCGGCGCCCACCCCGCCUUGGGCCGCCCAGCAGGCCCCAUCAACAAGCAUCGCCAGCACCGCCAAGGGCACUGGCGCCUCCGAUGAGUACACGGUCGACACCCUCAGGCGGGUCUUCAAGGAUGACGACGGCCGCGUGGAGAUCCAGAGAGUCAAAGUUCAGCGGCGGAACCCCGAGCCCGGCGCCGUGACCGUGGCGAGCCCCGAGGCCAUGAGCGUGGUCCCCGUGGGCACCUUCCCCCUCAACGAGCGCCGCCCGCCGCCCAGGAGGAACCGCAGGAAGCCAGAGAUACACGUGACAGCCAUGGGGCCCGCGGGACCGUACCCGUGGUACCCCUACAUGCCCUACAUGCCCUACCCGUACCCGUACCCUUACUACUUCCCGGGGGGGUGCGUGUGGCCGUCCGGCGCGACGUCUGACACAUUCUCCACCUGGAGCGGCAACGAUGAGAGUGAGGGCGCCUCCUCCCACCAGGACUCAGCCCUCAACUCUCAGCGCCUCGAGUCGCGCGUCUCCCAUCUCUCACGCGACUCCUUCCCCAGCCACCGCUCCACGUCCCCGGCCGCUGCCUCGCACAUCACCGACACCCACAGCAUCGCCCCCUCGGACAGUGUAUCGGUCCGUGGCCGCAAGAGAGAGACCUCGCUGGAGCGGGCGCUGCUCGGCCCGACACCCCCGCCGCGUACCAAGAGUCGGGCGUCUUCGUCACUUGGGUGUAAGUCUGACGCUGGAAAGACCCAGGAGUGGAUGCUGGAGAUGCAGCGCGCCUUGCGGGCCAGCGGUGACGUGUCUGUGAAGGCGCCCGCCACUGGCUCACUGCGGGAUGUGUCCUCCGACGUCAUAUACAAAAAGAUCCCUCCCAUAAGAAAGCGGAGAAAAAUGAAAGCUGACGAUAUGAGCAGCAAAUCCUCCAUAACUGACUUGAAAGACAUUGAUGACUUGAGUGAGCGACAAAGUGCUGUGUCUGACGUGGCUUUCGACGAUUCAAGACUGAGUCCGGAACUUAACUAUGCAUUCCGGAAACUGGAACGAUCGGUCGAAGCUUUUAGGCAUGAAAUCAACGCCGACUCCCCCGUUCAAAGUCACGCAGAGUCCCCGUCAGUGGAGAUCUCCCAGUCGAGCGGCGAAGUCACUCCCACUGAAGCCUUUGGAUCGCCGUUCUCAGAUAUACGCAGCCUCGCAGAGAAAGCCAAGGAAGAGGAAACGAAAAGGCCAGGGUCAUCCAAGCGUUCAAGAGCCAUAUCAGAGUCCGUAUCCUCUCUUCCUUCCCUGGAGGCGGCGAGAACUGGAUCAGCACCCGACGUGUCCCAUCAUCACAGACUUCCUAUUGUUUCCCCUUCACAGUCUAAGGAGUCCACCGUCACCAAUAUUAUAACAGUCACUUCUACUGCCGUGUGUUCUUCUUCACCUACAACAACGGCGUCCACCGCACAAGCCACGCCAUCAUCUGUGACUGCACAACGAAAAGGGGAUGACAAAGUACCCUCAGCGUCAUCGGAAUCAACGACAGUAACUCUAAAGGGCGAAGCAGUCUCAGAGGCUACUCCUAAACCAUCAAGCUCCGAGGAGUCAUCAGAGGCCUCCAACACCACCCUCAUCUUCCGUCCUUCGUCCGUUCCGCAAUCAUCUCAAGGUCUCUCAGCGGCCACAACAACAGCAACUACAACGGAAGCGAAAACAUUGCCAGCAGAAACGGGAACAUCAAAAGCAGCAACGGCAACGGAAACAGCAGUCACGGUAAAGGAAAGAUCAGUGGAGGUUUCUUCAGAAGCUAACACGGGUCUUGAAGGAGUCGGAGAGGCCAGUGGGAGGCAGUCUCAAGCCAGCAGCGCCACCACCUUCUUCUCUACGCGGACUACAGACGACUCCCACGCUGUAGACACCGACUCCACUGACAUUCCGAUGCCUACGACUGCUGACGAGAACGAGGAGUCCCCUGCGAGUACUGGCCCCGAGGAUGACCAUCCCUGGGUAUUGCAGCGGCCGGAGGAGGCGCCCACACUCAACACGGCCGGCCAAGACGAGCGUCGAAAUGCGUGGCGCGCCGAAGUAAGCUUGUGGCGGGCGCGUCUGGUAGUGUCGCUGUGUCGGGGCCGCGGCCUGGACCGUCAGGACUGGGCCACCUUCCAUCUGAUGGUGCACCACCCUCUCACCCUGGACCUGAAGCUGUCGCUGCUGCACGCCCCGCGCCUCUGUACCGCCAACAGCAGCGUAGGGCCCGCCGUGCUGAGGGUGGCGCUCAUCCAGCUGGCGCAGUACGGCGAGACGCUGCUGCAGUCAGAGUCCGCCAGGCAGUCCGGCUGGCGAUCCAUCAGGCUGGACGCCGGCCACGCCUGGGUCCCCGUCAAGGGAGCCGCUGAGAUCUUGCAGAGCCUCGGGUACCAGGAGCGAGGGGACGGCGCUGAGCUGAGAUACAGUCGUCGCUGCAGCCCCGAGGCUUCCGUCGUGGCUCGCCUCACCCUCGACAUGCUGGUGCUGGCCGAGGAGUUCCGGCUCUUCCUCACCGGCACCCACCAGUACCCUACCAACGUGUCGGACCUCUUCUACCCGGAGUCCGUGGCUAUGUCCGCCGUGACUGACCUGCCCCAGCGGCCACCCUCCUCGGAAGGCAGCUUCAUCUCGGCCCAGUCUGAGGCCGGACCGGUGACUAUUGGAGAAAGCAGAGCGUCUUCUGUCACCGAUGAAGAUACAGAAACCUUGCAGACAUGUGCCCUGGCAGUCGGUAAUCACGAAAAGUUACUGAGACACAAAUCUACGUCAGAGGAGGACAUUACUGUUAAGGAGGAUGACAUUAAGAAAGAACCAGUAGAGAUAACUUCGGCGGAGAUCGGAGAAGUGAAACAAGAACCAGCCCCCAAGGUAGUCACAAGAACGGACUCUGAGGCUUCAGCUGAAGGUCCUGACGGGCAGCAGCUCCUGACGCCAGCAAGCGACUCCACGUCCCUCAGUUCUGACGUGACCAGCCUUCCAGAUCUGCAAUCCAACACGACUUCAGGAGACAGUCAGCGUCUGGAUGGAUCGGAAGUGUCAAGUGGCAACGAGACCGUUACUCCGGGCGCCUCUCCAACACCGACCCCAGAGGUUAAUUCCGUUUCUAAAGCCGAUGAGGCUAACCACGCCACCUCCGCUACUCCGACUCCUGCAGCCACGAACGAUAACCCCGAGGAGCACGUCUACGAGGAGAUCGACGUGAUACGCGCACAGGUUCAAGCGAUCAGGGCAUCAAGUGUUCCUGCAGACUCAGCGCCGCCGCCGCUUCCACCGAAGAAGAAAGUCAGCUCGGGUGGGGAGGAUGACUCGGGGCUCAGUCUAACGUACCCGCAGGUGGAGUGGUCAUCAGCUUCCACGCCGGGAUCUCUGCGCGGGGGAUCGACCAGCGCCAAGAGGAAAAAGCGCCGCGCUCCCAUGCCGCCGGAGUUCAUGCCGCCAGACUGGAAACAACGCCAAGACCCGCCGAAGAAGGAUGAUCUUGAACCAACAGUCAAGAUCAGGGAGUCCAAGGAUCCUGAUAACACAAAGAAGAACGAAUACAGAAGAUCCUUGAAUCCGUUCUAUGAGGAAAUCGACGCCGUUCAAGACGAGGUACGGGAAAUGGAAAGCAAGAAGGCCACCGAUCAGGAAGAGAGCGCAGCGAGUGGAAAUCCGUUCUUGGAAGACAAACCCAAGGCCGCAGGGUACGUCGGUAAGAACCCUUUUUACGACGAUGUUGUGUUGCUCAAGAAGAGUGAGGAAUACAAAGAGAUUAAACGAAACGAACCAUCCCCAGCGGCUCCCAAAGAUGAGUCAGCGUCUCCUCCUACCCCCGCCGAACAAGCUGAGCCUCCAGUGGUUCGUCCCAAACGCAGAGCUCCGCGGCCGCCACCCACUCCCCCAGCACCGGCAGAUGAGCCUCAGAAGCCAGCCACCCAACAACACACACCUGCCACCCCUUCACCCGCUAAUACUCGAAAAACUAAAGCUCAGGAUGAACAGAAAGUGAGUGCCACUGAGUUACAAGUAAAUGAGAGAAGGGAAAAGGAGAAGGUGAGCGGUGGUGAUGGCGUUAAGCAGCCCAGUAAACCAACACCUCAAAAAAGUGACGAAAUCGCGGCUAAAUCAUCUGUGUCAGCAAACGAAGAGAACAGUAAAACAACGGAGGAGACUUCUUCAGUGCCCCCUCCGCUUCCGCCUCCCAAUCAGCGGAUAGCGGACGCAGACACACCACCAACCUUGACUCCGAAGAUGAACCGAGUCAUUCGCGUGUCGCCUUCACACCCUAGAGCACCGCCGCCUCCACCGCCAACUCAAGCCAAAUCCACAACUCCUGCUCCUGAAGAAAAGGCGAAGACCCCAAAGGAAGAGACCCCGCCGCCUAUCCCCCCACCAAAGGCUCCACUCUCCCUCCUGGAUGAGAUACCUUACAUGGAUGCCAGCGAACUGAAGGAGGCGAAGGAGAAAGAAUCGUCCGAGUCUGAUCUUGUUGCUCCGGGCGCUGUGAUGACCACUCCUACGCUUCCCCGGCAGCCCGCACUCGUGUUGACUACCGUAGGCCUCCCCCCUGAGUGUCCCCCGCCGCCACCUCCUUGCCCCCCACCGGAGUCCCCCCCUGAAACCCCUCAUAACUCCCCCCCAGAUACACCUCACGUCUCCCCACCGGAAACACCCCAUACGUCCCCGCCUGCAACCCCUCACGCCUCGCCAAAACCCUCCCCGAAGCCCUCUCCUAUCCCUCUAUCCCGCCACCAGACCCAACACUCACUGGUCACAACGGAAAAGGGCUCGGUGGAUCACGUUAGCGCCACUGACAAAGAGGACGGGACGGCUCCACCAGUUCCACCGAAGAUUAUACAAGAAGAAGGAACACCCCCAGUACCACGGAGGACCCCACAGGAAGAAGGAACAACACCACCAGUCCCACGGAAAACCACAGAGCAAGAGGGGACACCACCACCAGUACCACCGAAGAACCUCACCCCAGAAGGAACACCGCCAGUCCCACCGAAGAACAUCCACCCAGAAGGAACGCCCCCAGUCUCACCGAAGAACCUCCACCCAGACACAGCAUCGCAGCCACAAAACGGGUCUUCAGCCACUCACGGCCCGGUUACAGCAAAACACUCGGGUCAGAGCUCGUCUUCGGAGGAGAGAUACGAGAUACCGGACACGUCUCGAGCACCUCCACCUCGACCACAAAUUCAGACGCUUCCCACAGCAAAGCAGACUAACGGGAAGACCGGCCCGCCCCAAGAGGAAGACCGCUAUGAAGUUCCCGAAGACCCAAAGCAGCCCAUCGGUGUUUCCUCAAAGGGUGGGAGUGAGAGAGUCAAGGCAAUAGAAGCUGAGGAACGGUACGAGAUUCCGCAGGUGGUGAAGGAGACAUCCGUGAAGCGAGGAGUAAACGGCGCGCCAUGCUCGGUGUCCCUCGCCCGCGCCACAUCGCCUAGGAAGGGAGAAAUAGCGGCUGUCUUCGGCCCUCCAAAGCCUCCAAGAAGACGAAGGAACAAUCACUCGCCUCCGCCAAGGCCCCCCAAGAAUCCUAGCCUGGGGGAGGGCGCGCAACGACCGUCCUCUGAUAGCUCGUCCUUCACCUCCUCGUCCUCCUUGCCAGUCUCAGCGCCGCACCACAGCAACAAGCCCACCAAGAGACGCUCCUGGCCCUUCCUCCUCUGUGACUGCCUCUACGUCAACUGUCGAAACUACGAGGACGUGGAAAAGUGAAAAGUACAUCUCGUUUGACUUCCGUAAGAGACAGAUUAUUGAUUAUCCAAGAAAUAUUUUGCAUUAUUCGAGUUUUUUUAUGUGUUAGUGAAAGUAUAUACCACCAAAUCAGUUAUAUAGCAAAUAGUGCACACCUCCUCGUCAUGUUUUGGAAAGGUUAAUUAAUCUUGUGAUCCUUCUGUUAUAUGUCUGUUAAUUAGCCGUUGAAAUGGUGAAGUCCUAAUGCCAAAGUGCUGUGAAAAAAAGCUCGAUAUUAUCUAUCUGUCCACGCAAUAUGAUCGUAUGUUCUUAUUACUACACUUAUGUUCAAUGUUCUUAGCCUUCCUUAUGUUCCUGUAGUCCUUGUGUUCUUAAGUUCUUGUACUCUAUGACUCCUUAUAUGUUCUUAUUAUUACGUAUGUUCUUGUGGUUCUUCCUAUGUUCUUAUGUUCUAAUGUUCCUAUUACUCCCUAUGUUCUUCUGUUCUUAUCUAUAUCUUAUGUUAUUUUCAAUCUUUAUGUUCUUUUGGAGUUACCUUAUAUAUCCCAAACAGCCUCUUGCAGACUCCUUACGUUCUUAUGUUCUUACGUUCUUAAUCACACCUAAUGUUAUGUUCUCAUGGAGCUGCCUUGUACAUGCCAACCAGCCUUUUGCAGACUCCUUUCGUUCCUAUGUCCUAAAUACGUGCAAACUGUGAUUAUUAAGCCAUCUCUACCACCGCAUGUCAGGGGGGAGGAUGGGACAGGUGAGCGGGCGGUACACUUAGGCGUUGGGAUCACUAAUUACCCUCCCCAGGUGUCUCUGUACAGGUAAGCAAUAGUAUCUCGUCUCCAGUGUGUCGUCCAUGUCUUAGCAAAUGUGUCGAUCUGAUAUUUAUACCAAUUGGCAGCAUGUAAAUUAUCUAUUGUCUGAUUAUACGGAGAAGUCCCACACGCAAAUAAAGUAUAUGUAAAUCUUUG